CGGUGCCCGAGUGCACGCGCUUGGAGCGGGAGCGCGCUCCGGGGAGAACCCGAGCAAGAUGGAGGCCGCGCAGAGGCCGCCGCCUGGGCCCAGGCAGCUGCUGCUGGGAGCGCCGAACCGCGGCGCCUAGGCCGUGCCAGUCCCGGACCCGCCGCCCGCGCCGGGCCCAGGUUGGUCUCCCUGGACCCUCUCUCCACGGCUGCAGCCUCUGCGCGCGUCCAGCCUGGGCGCGGGGCAGCGCCUCCCACCUUGGCCCUAUCGGGGCCCGACAGCUGCCCGGCACCCCCAGGACAUCUCCUAUCCACCGCCAGCCCCUCGUGGCCCAGGCUACCUUCUCCAGCCGCGGUCUCUUUUCCCUGACCCGGGAAGCCCUUCGUCCCUGCCUUAGGACCACCAACCCCAGGCUUCUCCCCGCCUGCAUCCAGCCCCGGCUUCCGAGGUGCACCCCCACCCCCGCCCCGCGCCCAGACCCUGCAGUCUCAGCUCCGGAAUCCUCUCCAUCCCAGUCUGGUCCUAUUUCCGCCGCUAUGCCCUCUCGGACUGUCCUACCGGCCUUAUUCCUUGCCUUGGCCUCAGCAUCCCCUUCCUAAUCCGCUAGCACCUGCCCUGUGUUCUCCUCGGCAGCCCCUCUCCGGACCCCUCUGCCUGUAGGUGCCAGCCCUCAAUCCCCUUCCAAGCUUCCUGAACGUGCCCCCACACCCCGGCCAGCUCCUCCAGUCUCUGUCUCCAGCCUCCAUCCCACCUCCUCACGGGCCCCCAGCCCUACCCCCGCUCCCGUAUCCUCUCAGCUGCUCCGACUUACCCAUGGCCCCUUCUUAGCCACCCCCCUCCGCCGAGGGCUGCCAGUCAGUGUCCCCGACGCCGCUGCGACGUGCGCACGACCCUCCGAGUCCGCCCCCGGCCCCGGGCCCCGCGCUCGCGGGCCGGGGCCUCAGGCGGCUCUCGCGUGUCCCCAGCCCCCGCCGCCGGCCCCGCCCCCGGCACCAUGCUGCCCUCGCAGGAGGCCUCCAAGCUCUACCACGAGCACUACAUGCGGAACUCGCGGGCCAUCGGGGUGCUCUGGGCCAUCUUCACCAUCUGCUUCGCCAUCAUCAACGUGGUGGUCUUCAUCCAGCCCUACUGGGUGGGCGACAGCGUGAGCACUCCCAAGCCUGGCUACUUCGGUCUCUUUCACUACUGCGUGGGCAGCGGGCUGGCGGGCCGCGAGCUCACCUGCCGCGGUUCCUUCACCGACUUCAGCACCAUCCCGUCCGGCGCCUUCAAGGCCGCCGCCUUCUUCGUGCUGCUCUCCAUGGUGCUGAUCCUCGGCUGCAUCACCUGCUUCGCGCUCUUCUUCUUCUGUAACACCGCCACGGUCUACAAGAUCUGCGCCUGGAUGCAGCUCUUGGCAGCUCUGUGCCUCGUCUUGGGCUGCAUGAUCUUCCCCGACGGUUGGGAUGCUGAGACCAUCCGGGACAUGUGCGGGGCCAAGACGGGGAAGUACUCACUCGGGGACUGUUCGGUGCGCUGGGCCUACAUCCUGGCCAUCAUCGGCAUCCUCAACGCACUCAUCCUCUCCUUCCUCGCCUUCGUGCUGGGCAACCGGCAGACCGACCUGCCGCCGGAGGAGCUCAAGCAGGAGAACAAAGAUUUCGUGGGCUCCACAGUCAGCUCUGUGCUGCGGCCAGGCGGUGACGUCUCGGGCUGGGGAGUGCUUCCCUGUCCAGUGGCCCACUCGCAGGGACCCUGAAGGUCAGGCUCACAGCCCAGGAGUUGACCUGCCCUCGGCUUGUCCCGUAUCCGGCCCUCUCCUCCACCCCUCCAAGCUCCCAGGGAAGACCAUCAUCUCAGACUGACUCCUCACCUACCACGGCUUCUGGUUUGAAGAGAGACAGGGGCCGGGGUGUGGCCUGGGCCAUGGCAGGAGCCCCAGAGAACCUUGGCAGGCCUGAUGCUGGCUCCUGCCUCAGUGGGACGUAGGGGAGCCCAGUGGCCCCCCAGCUCCUGCUCUGGGGUCAGGCCUGGAGGCUGCUGCAGGCCCCCAGAGAGAGGGGCCCUGUGACAGAAAUGGAUUCCUGACACUGCCCACAUGGGCUGGACUCUUUGCUACUUUUUUCCCCUCUCUGCCGACCUUGGUUCCAUUGCAUCUGUCACAGAGGUCUCGGUGUUGGCAGCUGUCCCCGGGGGCCCCUCCCGGCCUGCUCCCGCUCUCCUGGACACAUCCGCGCUACACCCUGGGAGCACACAGGGCCGCUCUCUUUGCACCACGGCCUGGGCCCUGGCCGGAGAACAGUCCAGCUGGGCUUCAGAGCAGCGGGGAAGGCCUGGGUCCUGCUGAUUGGAGCCUUGGACACUGCCCCACCUGGGGCCGGGGUGAAUCACCGGGGACUGGCUGCUACUGUACAGCACAGAUACAGCCUCAUUGUCAGGGUGGGUGGAGUUCCAGAGAGGGGCCGGCCGUGGGGAGUCAGGGCCAUGUCACCCGUCCGCCCCUGCUCUUGUCCCGACCCCUGGUCAUCUGCCAAGGGCAGGCACUCUCUUGCCUCUUUAAUACUUUUCUGCAUAACUUGAACUUGCAGGUCACCUCUGAACAGGGUAUCCCCUGUCCCCACCCCAGACCUUGUGCUCCUGUCCCCGCCUCUCCCUCCUCCUCCUCGCCCACCUCUCGCCUUGUGCCAUGCCCAGGGUCUGCAGCCCUGAUGGGCAGUGCUUGGAGCUGAGGCCUGAGUGCGAGUGUGCACGUGUGUGUGUGUCUGUGUGUGCAUGUGGGAGUAUGUGUG